AUGGAACGCGUGCUGUUCGAAAUGAAGCUUCAUCUUAGGUGCGAUGUAUUACUAGUUCUUAUCACCACCUGUAGCGGCUUUUACUGCCAUAGAUCUCGUUUUCAAGCAAUCCUAAUGCUAGAAGAUAAGCUGACACGUAAUCUAUAG